GUUUCUACCUAUUGGUCCUCCGUAUGGAGCUGCAGCCACCAGACUGUCUCUGAGUCCAUCUCUAUCGACAUGGUGACGACUGAGCCCCACCAAAGCCAGGACCUACUGGUCCCCACCCAGCACCAGGACCUACCGGUCCCCACCCAGAACCAGGACCUACAGGACCAGCAGGAGGAGGACCAGGCCUCACCCUCGUCCCCGCUGGCAGAGUUCGACCUGGAGAAGAUGAGUCAGGGUCCCGUCAACGCCAUCACAGUCCUCACACUGCUGGACAAACUGGUCAACAUGCUGGACACCGUGCAGGAAAACCAGCACAAAAUGGAGACACACCAGAUGGAGAUGGAGGGUGUUGUCAGAGGGAUCCAGGCUGAUAUGACCAAACUGUCCAAAAGUCACAGUCACACAUCCAACACUGUCAGCAAACUGCUGGACAAGAGCCGCAAACUGUCUGUCACCAUGAAGGAGGUGUGUGAGAAGAUGGAGCGUCAGGGUUCCCAAGUAAAGAAGCUGGAGGCAAACCAUGCCCACCUGAUCAACAGAAACAACUUCAAAGUCCUCAUCUUCCAGGAGGAGAAUGAGAUCCCUGCCAGUGUUUUUGUAAAGGAUCCUCCUCCUUUCCCCCGGGAUGAGAUUUUGGAAGAAGGUGAAGAACCAGGGCCAGGAGCUGCUGAUGGGAACCAUUCUGAGGAAGGUGGGCUCCACACCAUCGAGCUAUCAUCUGAUGAGGAUGUUGGGCUGGAGGCAGAGCUAGAUGAUGAGGAAGCAUGGCCUCAUGAUCUGGAGAAUAUGGAGAAGUCUAGAGCUGAGAAAUUUAAACGAUCAAGUCUGAAGAAGGUUGACAGUCUGAAGAAGGCGUUCUCCAGACAGAACAUCGAGAAGAAAAUGACAAAGAUCGGAACAAAGAUCGUUUCUGCAGAACAACGAGAGAAAUUCAAACAGAAAACUUCGAGCCUGAAGGUUUCUCCUCUAACCUUCAGCAUCCGGAAGCCUCGCAGCAGCUCUGACUCUCAGCCUGCUGAGGCCUCUGCUCAGCCCGAGGAGUUGAUCAUCACGGAGGCUGACGUCCAGGUCUCCUCACUGGGUAGCACUGACCAGGAGGUCCCCUUCACUGAGGUCCACACCCAUCUGGCCCCAGCCAAGCAGGUGGAGAUGGAAGUUGAGGAAGGCAAGGAGGUAUCAGGUGUGGUAGAGGCAGAUCUGUCGGUGGUUUCAGAGGGAUUCAGCCAGGAGUAUGCUCUGUCCUCCACCCUUCCUCAGGAGGAGAAGGGAGAGGAGCUAGAGGAAUCCUAAAUUCUUGCUAAUAUUCAGAUAAACAGAGGCUAAAUAAUGACAAAUCUGAGCUGCAAUCAAAGUCUAGACCUGAGUUUUCAUAUUCAGGUAAAUCUUCUUCUCUUUAUCUCUGAGGUUCCAGUUGAUCACACUCUCAAGAAAGCAUGAACGUACAGGCAGCAGCUGAAACUUAAAAGUUCCUCUGAGGUUCCACCAACAUUGUUCUAUGUUUUAAUUUCCUCCAGUUUCCAGCCUUUAUGCUAAGAUAAGUUAACCAGCUGCUGGCUUGAUGUUUACAGACAUGAGAGUGGGAUCAACAUCAAAUCCGAGAAGGACAAGAAGAAAAUUAACUAAAUGUGAACUGCUCCUUUAAAGUUUGAUUUGAUUUUUGAUUUAUUUAUUCUUUCAAGCAUGUAAAGACAGUUGAUAUGUCGACACACAUAAU